GUGAAAUUCAAUGAAAAAACGCACAAACGGAGGCGUUAAGGUGUUGUGUUCGUUUGUCCAGUUCCAAUUAAGUUCACUGAUAUUGAAUUUAAAAGAUUGGAGUUUAAAAAAGAAGAUGAAAGCAAAGAAAACAAAGCAAAAACUAGAAAUGCUGAUAGGAGAUAAAAAUGGAUCCAGGAUUCACUUCAGAACUCUUUUGUAGUGUGCUCUGCUGCUUUUUCAUUCUUGAGAGAACAUAUUUCGAACAAAAACUCAAAUUUAUCGAUGGAAUCUCGGUAUUGUUUUCAAAGUUUGAUAUCUAUCUAUUCGUAAUCUCAACAUGUACAAUACCUCUUUAAAAAAUAACGAAUUUAUUUGUUUUACGAAAUAAAUUUAAUGACUUGUAAGAUAAAAAUUUAUACUAUAGGGGAAUUUAU